UGCUUCAACAUUAUUUGCUAAGAAAAUUAUUCAGCCUUUAAUUUCAAUCAAAAUAACACUUUUUGUCUUGUAAAAGCAAGUUUCAUUAAAUUAAUCCAAAAACAAACCAUAAAUGGAUCUUGAAAUGAAAAUUGAAACAAUGAAUGCAUCAGUUGACUUCAAACGAGCAAAUUUAUUCAUUGACUUACUCAGCCCAUAAUUUACUGUCAUUUAACCUCCAAACAGCAACCAAUAAAUCAACUGUUCAACAAGUGACUAAAGAUCAAUGUAAAUUGAACACUUUUAACCUGUGCUAUCAACAAUUAUAAAGGCAAUUUCCAUUCAAUGGAAACCAAUGAAGUAAAUUACAAUGCAUCUGAGAUUCUGGAUAAAAUUAAUGACGAUCUGGUUGAUUGCAGUUACACUAACAAUUCCAAUGAUAACGGAAUAGUUUACAGUUCAACUGAAUCUACACCAAUCGAAGUUAAUGGUAAAAUACACUGUCCACCAACAUGGGAUCGCAUCUCUUGUUGGCCUUUAACGUUAGUUAACGACAUUGCUGUGAUUCCCUGUUUUGCCGAACUGAACGAUGUACCUUAUGAUACCAGCCGAAAUGCUAGUCGAAUGUGUCUUCCAAAUGGUUUUUGGGCAGAAAAAUCAGAUUACUCCAAGUGCAAAGCAUUGGAACAAGAAAUUGCACAAAAUUUUAACGAAUUUACCGACCUAUCAGAUGCUUCUAUCGUAUACUAUUUUGGUUAUGGAUUAUCAAUUGUAGCUUUAUUCAUUGCCUUGGCAAUUUUGAUUACAUUCAAAGACUUACAUUGUAUCAGGAAUACAAUACACAUCAAUCUAAUGUUAUCUUACAUGUUUCAUGCUCUUACUUGGAUUGCAACUGCUUCACUCCAAGACAGCUCUUUGGCUACUUACAAGAUUUCAUUUCAUGGUAUUUGUUUCCUGUAUAUACUUUUAACUUAUUUUACAGCAUCAAGUUUCUUCUGGAUGUUCCUGGAAGGACUUUACUUGUACAUUCUUGUUGUUCGCACUUUUUCAAUCGAAAGAAUCAACCUCAUCUUGUUUGCUCUCAUUGGUUGGGGUUUUCCAGUUAUUCUGGUAACUCUCUGGGCACCAAUAAAAUACCUUUAUCCCAAUCAAGAAGAUGAAGAAACUCUAACAGUGAAAAGCUUCAACUGUCCCUGGCAAGUUAUCAAUAUCAUUGACUUGAUAUACAUUUGUCCAAUAUCAAUUGUAUUAGUGGUAAACUUGUUUUUCCUCGGAGUAAUCAUUUAUGUUCUUGUAAGCAAAACCAGAGCAUCAGAAGCGUCUCAAGAAUUUCAACAAUACAGAAAAGCUGUCAAAGCGCUUCUCGUUUUAACUCCACUUCUUGGUAUAGCUUACAUCUUGCUUCUGGUAACUCCUGAUUCUGGUAAUGCCAAAAUUGUUUACACUUAUAUUCAUGCAACCCUCAAUUCAACUCAGGGCUUUACUGUUGCCGUCUUAUACUGUUUCCUUAAUGCUGAGGUUCGCAACUCUCUUCGUUAUCACAUAGAACGUUGGCGAAAUGUUCGAACUCUUAGACAUGGAGAUUAUCCGCUUCCCGUUAACCGAACCUUUUCUUCUCGAACUUUGAGAGGGCGAAAAAGUGAAUAUCGAUUGAGAUACACAUCAUCAAUUACCCGUAAUCCUCAUCACAGGUGCCAAUCAAGUUACUCUUCCCCGCCACAUUUGCUAAUCACCAAUCAGUACAACUCGAAGAAUGUGAAAAAUGGUUCAAAAGUGGAAACACAAUUGAUUCAAAGUCAAUCAACAAACGGAACAAACAAACGAAAUGUAUUUGAAGAGUAUCUUUAAAAGACUUUAACCCAAAACCCGAGCUUUACCCAAAACCGGUGAAGACAACAUUUCCAAUGGUUAAAGUGUACAAAAGCUUUCCAAUCCACUUUCACUUGCUAUUAUUAUCUGUGCCUAAAGAUUGCUAAUAAUGAAAAGAAAUUAAAUUUCUAACCAAAUUAUAUUCCAUGUAAAAAUUGACAAAUUCAUAUUGAAAAUGAAGAGAAAUUAAAAUGUCCAGAAAAUCAAUAAUUUACCUUUUGUUUUCCCACAAUUUACACCUUAAACCAAUUUUCCAAUCAAUGCAAAAAUUGAAUUUGGAAAAGCCUUGAUCUCAAUCAAUUUAACAUUAAAGGUCAUUAUAAUUGGCAACACUAAAUUGUCUUCUGUGAUGGACAUUAAUCAAUACUCUGAAAAAAGGUGUAUUAUUAUGGAGAAAAUUGCCAAAA